AUGGAGAUUAAAGAAAUCGGAAUGAUUGGGGUUGGCAGCAUGGGGGCCAUGAUGUCCCUGUUACUCGCCGAGAAGGAGAUCGAUGUCCACUACUAUGACCCAUCGCAGAACAACUCCGAAGCCCUCGAGUCUCACGCCCAAAAAAGCAAAGUCCAAGACAAGAUUCACCACCACCACACCUACGGGUCGCUGUGUAGGGCCCUGAGUUCACCACGAGCUUUUAUCUUCAGUGUUCCCCAUGGUACUGUGGGCGACGAGACCAUCGACGCGCUGAAGCCGUGGCUUUCUGCAGAAGACAUCAUCAUGGACGCCUCAAACGAGCACUGGAAGGCCACAGAGCGGCGCCAGAAGAGGCUUGAACCAGAGCGCGUCGGGUACAUUGGGAUGGGCGUCUCUGGCGGCUACCAGUCUGCACGUCGCGGGCCAUCCAUCUCCCCUGGCGGGCCUCCAGAAGCAUUGGACAAAGUGUUUCCGUUUCUGAAGACGGUGGCAGCUCGGGACAAGCAAGGCCGACCUUGUGUCGCCAAGCUCGGGCCGGGUGGGUGCGGUCACUACGUCAAGAUGGUGCAUAACGGCAUCGAGCAGGGCAUGAUGGCCACCCUGUGCGAAGUGUGGGGGAUCAUGGCACACGGCCUGGGAAUGCCAUACGAGGAGAUAGGCGACGUGUUCGAAGCUUGGAACAGGCAGGGACCGCUGAGGGACAGCUUUCUCGUCAGCAUCGGCAGCGACAUCUGCAGGACCAAGGAUCCAAGGGAUGACUCCUUUGUCCUGGAUCAGGUCCGCGACAAGGUUGUCCAAGACUACGACAACACUGAAGGCACGGGUACUUGGACCUGUGAGGAAGGUGUUCGUCUUCACGUUUGUAUCCCCGUCAUCGCGGCCUCGAAUCUCUUCCGCAUCGCUUCAGCUGACGCAGCACGGCGUGAUGCUGUCUCUCGUGCUCUCGGGGGAGAUGUCCGGCCGAGCAAAAUCGACAUCGAGAACAGGGACAGUUUUGUCACAAACCUACAGCUUGCAACCUAUGGAUCCUUUCUAGUCUCUUUUGUUCAAGGACUGCACCUCAUUGCCAAGGCGAACGAGGAGAACGGAUGGAACCUGAACUUCUGCGACGUUCUACAGCUCUGGCGUGGCGGAGCCAUUAUCCAGUCCGAUGAGAUUGUUGAUCUUCUUGAGGCGGUUUACCGCUCCCAAGAACACGACGACGACAACCUCCUGAGCCACCACGGAGUUGCCCGAGCUUUGCUCAAGGCGCUGCCGAGUCUGAAGAAUGUGGUCCUGAAGGCUAUAGACUCGGAUGCCUACGUUCCCGCCUUGGUUGCCUCCUUGGAGUAUAUCAAGUACUCCGGAGCUACGGACCUGCCGACAUCAUUCCAGGAGGCCCAACUGGACUACUUUGGCGAGCACAUGUAUGAUCUCAAGAGUGAUGGCCCAGGGAAACCAGUGACUGGCGAGCAUCACUUUGAAUGGAAGCCUGCAAGAGGGAUCAAUGAAGCUGACGCUUAA